AUGGAGACAAGGCUUCACGUGCAGGCUGCACCCGCGGUGCGCCGCCAAAGGUUUGCACGACUCGGAGAACACCGCGUCGUUCUGUCGCUCAUGGCCUCCGUUGUGGCUCUGAUGCUCACGGGUUACAGGUUGCCAGAGGCAAGUGCAGCGCAGCCUGCCCGUUUUGCCUUGCGAGUCUGCGAAAAGUGUGUCAGUCGAAAGGCGGGCAGCGGCUACAACCCAAAGUUUGUUCUAGAGCAGACCGCGAAAGCCGCAGCUGCAGCAGGCUGGCCUGCCCCCGGAAUAGAAUGGGGGAAAUGCACUGGCGGAUGUGAUUAUGGACCGAACGUGCGGCUUGUGAAGGGGAAGUACGCCAUCCCUGUAGUUGUCGAAGGAAUGACAGAAGAUGAGGAAGACUUCAAGGCAUUUCUGUCCAUUCAGGGCGAGCAGGACGCUGAGAGGGCCUUUGGCCUCGCAAGCCGCCACAUCGCUUCUGCAGCGCAGGAUGGUGCAGCAGAGGAGCCCACGCCGGAGAUACCAGCGGAUACGAACUACGGAUCUAAAUCUGCAGGGGCAGAGGCAGAGCAGUCCGUUUUCGAAUCACAGCCGAAAAGGAGCGCUGCGGAGGUGAGCCAUGGCGAGGCUGCUAAGCCGGCGGACUCCGCACAGUCAACCUUCGAAAGCCAGCCCCAGCAGUCCAAGGCACACACAUCCUAUGGGGCUUCUGCUGCUAGCGCAUCCGAACCGUCCGCCUUCGAGAGCCAGCCGCAGCAAUCCAAGGCCGCUGUGGGAUAUGGGCGAAAUGACGCACCAAAUGCUGGGGAGGUCCAAUCGGUUUUUGAGAGCCAGCCGCAGAAGAGCAAAGCAAUGGUGACAGCCGCGGACAAGGUUUUCGAGAGUCAGCCCAAGCAGUCCGCUGCUGAAGUCAGCCACAAUGACAAGACCUUCGCACAGGGGUCAGACAAGUCCGUCUUUGAAAGUGAGCCACAGCAAAGCAAGGCUGAAAUAGGCUAUGGCCGGAAUGCCGCUGCCUCCGGUCAGGAGCAGUCGGUCUUCGAGAGCAAGCCUGCUGAGAGCAAGGCGAAUUACAAGGCUGGUGCUAAUGCGGAGGACGAGGAGUCUGAAUACGAAACCGAUGAAGAAGGCCAAAGUUUCAGCAACUUCAGAUUGCUCUUCUGA